AUGCCCAUAGUGGUGCGGAAGAGCGUCGGACUCGCACUGGGCGCGCGUGUGCUCGAGGGCCUGGCGACGGACAAUACGCUGCACAUGGUGCUGAACGGGCUGUACGCGCGCAGCAGCGACCAGCGCCACGUCGGCCGCCUCAUGUCUGCGUCGCUCGCGCUGUACAUGGCCGGCAUGGCCCUCAGCCCCGCGCUGGCAGCCCUGCUGUCGGAUUUCCGCGUCUCCUUCGCCGUCGCGCUCGUCAUCUUCGCCGUGGCAGCGGCUUACCUGGCGUUGGUGGGCCCGCUGGACGGGGGGACCGUUGCCAACCAAGCCGACAGCAGCGGCGGCGAUGACAGCCCCUCGCGCCUCACAGCCCUCGCCCGCCCAGCACUGCGCCUCUUCAGCGACCGCGUCGUGGCGGCGCAUGGUGCGGCCAUGUUUCUGUACAACGCCGCCAUAUCGUACAUGUUCCCCGCCCUCAUGGUAUACGCGACGCUGCACUUUAGCUUCACCCCGGCCCAAAACGGGCUGUUGUUGUCCGUCGCAGCAGGCACGUCAUCCGUCUACCUCGUCAUUGCCGCCGCCGCCUCUCGUCCUGCCCGCCAUGCCGCCGCCGUACUGAUCUCGCUCACCGUCCUCGUGGCUGCUUUGGCCGCACUCGCCAUGGUUCAUGUCGCCUGGGCUCUGUUCCCCAUGGUAGCUCUUGUGUCGCUGGGCCUGGCGACCCCGUCCUUUGUCAAGGCCCAUCUCGUGCAGCGCAGACAGCACGAUGCCCUGGUAGUUGCUGCGAUUUCCGUCGCAGAGGGCCUAGGUAGCCUGGCCUCUGCCCCAUUGCUGGGUGCAUGGCAAAGCACUCACCCGGGCGGCAGUGUCCUGUUUGUUGCCGCCGCUCUUGCUGCUGCGUCGGCGAGCGUAUUCGUAGUUGGGUGUUUGUAG